UACGAUGGUGCUCAAAAGUGUAAAAUCUGCUUUGCAAAAAAGGCAAAAUACAGCAGUCACCGACAUUAAAGACAAAACAAAACAAUUUCUAGAUGAUAGGAAACACGCAAACAAUUUAAUAGACAUCAUUGCUGCUUCAGAGUCAGAAGAUUCAUCUGUUAUCCUUGCCACAAUCCGAGCUUUCCAUCGUAUUUUCAUUCAUUUGAUCAAAGAUGAAGAAAUGUACAUUGCUGAUCCACCGAAGGAUGAUGAUGAUCAGUCGGACACAGAGUGCUCUCCUGAUGAAACAUAUAGAUUGUGGUUGAGAAGUUGCUAUACAGAAGCUGUUGACAAGCUGUUGGAGCUCUUGAGGGACGAGCAUGAAAAUGUGUCGGAGUUGUCUCUUUGUACUCUCAUGAAGUUUGUUGUAGCAGAGGGUCAAAUGCCGCUCUCAAAAUGCUCAAAAAAGCAUCUGAAGUUUUCCACAAAGCUUUACCUGAAAGUGUAUGGUGCUCUUCUGUCUGAUGAACAUAACAUGGUUAGUCUGAUUGAAAGAAUGCAAGAAUUCUUGGAGUAUGAUGAUGUUCGACACUUCACCAUGAGAUAUGCUCUGACAGAUAUCAAGAAGAAAAUAGAGCAGCAGAUAUGCAGUGAUGUUUACUUGAAGAAUAUGUUUAGUUUAUUGGAGCAUCUGUCCAUGCCAAGUGCUACGGAGGAGCUUCUCUCAAACUUUUUAGCUGAGGCCCCUGGGCCAGAGAUGGCCACCAAAAUGAACUCAUUCAAAGUGCAACAGAAACUAUACACUACACUAUGGUUGGAAUUUCUCAAAAAUAAGCUGUCUAUCAGUCUUUAUAAGAAGGUGCUGAUCAGUCUUCAUGAGAAGGUGAUGCCGCAUAUGUCCAACCCUCUUCAUCUCAGUGACUUUCUCACAGAAUCUUAUAAUGUUGGUGGUGCUGUCAGUCUUUUGGCUUUGAAUGGUCUCUUCAUCCUCAUACAAAAAUACAACCUGAACUACCCCGAUUUCUUCAUCAAGCUAUAUGCUUUGCUUGAGCCAUCGGUGUUCCAAACCAAGUUUAGGGCUCGAUUUUUCUUCCUCACUGACCUCUUCCUCACAUCAACGCACGUGCCCUCAUAUCUUGUGGCUGCAUUUGCCAAGAAACUUUCUCGAUUGAGUCUGGUGGCGCCGCCUGAUGUUCUGACUUUCCUGAUACCACUGAUCCUGAAUCUUCUCAUACGCCAUCCUAACUGCAAGGUCCUCAUACACAGAGCAGAGCAAGAGGGUCAGCAAGAUGUGACUACAGACCCAUUUCUUAUGGAUGAAAAAGACCCGUCAAAGUGCCAUGCCUAUGAGAGUUCUCUGUGGGAAAUCAAGUGCUUGCAAGGACAUUACUUUGCUGAUAUCAUUCAGAGUGCAAAGAGAGUCGGUCACAAUCUUCCUGAGAGGGAGUUUGAUAUUGCAGAGAAAUUGAACACUACAAUGGAUGAGUUGUAUGAUGUCGAAUCCAAGAAGACACCCUCAAAAGUGCCUGUGACGUUUCAUCCACCAAAAGGACUCUUUGGAAACCAGGGGGAUAAAUUCAGUGAUAUUUGGCUGUUAGAAUGA